CUGUACUACACGAAGGUGUUCAGUCAGAUACGAUGACGGAUAAACGCUCCCAACAUGUCAGGAGAAACGCGGAUUUAAUGGUGGGAUAUGAGGUCCUUGUGAGUUUUUUUGGACAUUUUUCCUCCCAGUUUGUGGCACCGUCCUGUUUUACGCAGCUGCAGAUGAGCCGGCUGCGGCGCAUUAGUUGGCGACUCCGCUGUACUUCAAAUGGGAACUAGCAGCUCCAGAGCCAAUGUAAGACGCUUGUGCAGUUUCUGGUGCCUAUUUGUGACAAUGUUCCGGUCGUGGCUCAUUGUCAUCACAGUCACCGUGCUGGCCGUGCAGUCCUGCGUGGGUGAGACAUCCUGCGUCCUCUGGUCCAGUUCUGGCUCUGUGGUGCAGCGAGGGUCCAAGUUCCAGGUUUACUGCACCUUCAACUGCAGGUGUCAGGGAUCCAUGCACAGCUAUGAAGAUAACCACCCCAAACAGCAGGAGCACACCCAGCUGAAUUCUACAACCAUAUAUGUAAAUGUGGCAAAUAUAACAGACAGAACAACAUACAGCUGUUACUGUGACUGUCAUCGUGCACUGGACCCCUGCGGACUGGACAUCUUAGCUGGAUAUCCACCAGAUCGCCCAGAAGAAAUUAAAUGCAUCUACAACAUCUUAAGAAAUGAGAGUGGAGAUGUGGUCUGCACUUGGAACAGAGGACGGGAGACUUAUCUUCCCAAUAAUUCAACGCUUCGGGUGAGAACUGGAUCUGGGAACCACACAGAAGGCCCAGUUCUGUACAAUGUGUCCGGUAAAGGAACUGCGUCACCGUCGGCUGGUUUCAAUCUGUCCAGAUCAGUUCAGCAAAUAUCGGUGUGGGUUCAAGCCCAAAAUUCACUGGGCUCUGUGGAGUCCUCUGUUGCUAACUACAGACUCAGUGACAUUGUGAUGCCAUCAGUCCCGGUGCUCGGGCAGCCUGAGUGUUCUUCAAGGAAGUGCAUCAUCAAAGUGGAGCAGUUAGUGAGGACUCCGCACCUGCAGAUCCAAUACAGAUCUGAAUCGCACCAAUGGACAACUGAUCCAGACUCGGUUGUGCAGAUGAUUUCAUCCCUGGUUUGGUCAGUGUCCUCUCUGGAGCCCUACAGGCUUUACCAUUUCAGAGCCAGAGCCAAAUUCAGCACAGGCCUAUGGAGUAACUGGAGCGCAGAAGUUUCAAGCUCUACUGAAGAAGAGGCCCCUGCCCAAGCACUGGACGUGUGGUUCGCCCAUGCAUCUGACUUAGGGUCCAUGAGAGUCUUCUGGAAGGAGGCCAGCGUGAUCAUCUCUAGAGGGAAGAUCCUUGAUUACACAAUCAGACUUAACAACCCAAACCUGAAUAACACCACUAAUGUCAGUGCUGAUGUCAGGAGUUAUUCACUUCCCUACUACUGUGAUGACUGUGAAGUGACGAUGUGGGCUCGCAACUCCAAAGGGUCAUCUCCCCCUGCAACCAUAACAACACAUCACACAGAAGACACGCCUCUUCUGGGUCUGCGGGUAACAGCACCCAAUCAAUCUAUCUCCAUCUCCUGGAGGAAACCUGAAACUGCACCCUCCCGUUACGUGUUGGAGUGGUACCCAGAGGGCUGCAAGUUGGAAGAGCUCAGAUGGAUCAAACUGGGCCAGAAUGAGACCCAUACUGUCAUCACAGGAAUUAAGCCGUACGAGUGCUAUGAGGGAGCAGUGUAUGUCUUUUAUGAUAAGAGCUCAGCGACUAAGACCAGACUUAAACCAUUUGCUACUGUGGAGUCAGCUCCAGAAAAUGAUGGCUCAUGGUCUUUUGAAGAAAGGGUGGAGGGAAACAAAGUGACGAUCACCUGGAUGGCGCUCCCCAGGGCUCAGCGCAGAGGCUGCAUCACCACGUACACCAUCUGUCUCCAGAACAGCAGUGGACAUAAGACUCUUUACACUGUGCAAGCACCAGAGAUGACUUACAUAAUCAAAGAUCUGCCUCCAGAUACCUACAGUGUGUGGAUGAAUGCUUCAACCGCCAAGGGAGAAGGCCCUGCAAGUCAAAAGACCAAGAUCUUCAUUAAGCAGGACACCCAACUGUCCUUCCUGUUGCUGUGUAUGGUCGCCGUCCUGAUGCUGCUGUUUCUGCUGUGUCUGUGCCAGAGUUCAGCGCUAAAGCAGAGGUACGUGUGCAACAGCAACCUCAAAUGUGUUUUAGAUCCAAAAGUAUGCUUAACACUUGUCAUUGUUUUGGGCGUUUACGCUGCAGAAAGCAAUAGUUGUAGCAAUGCUUGUGUUACUCUAAAACAUUUCCCCGCAGCGCUAUUCAGCAGUUUCAAACAUUUCUCCUUCAGGUUCUGGGUGUUUCUCCAGUUCUUCACACCCAGAGUUGUGCCAGAUCCUGCAAACAGCAAGUGGGCGCAAGAUUGCAAACGAGAGCAGGGUAAGAUGAUAGUCCAGCUCUCGUCUACUAACACCACUCUGACGGAGAGCGAUGAAGAGGCCAACCUGGUACAUGUGGAGGAGGUGUUCAAGCAGACUGGUGACACUUCUGUACCCACAGACAUCUCCCCACAGCUCCCUCUCCUGCCCAACCUGAGUCCAGACACCGAGCUGCCCAGACUGCUGUAUCUGACCACUUACAUCAAGAGCUUCUCCCACGACUCGGACAGCUCCAACAACACGCAGACCUCGCCGGACACAAACUCCACCUUCGACGACUUCCCAUUGCAAGGGCAAGGAAACAUGGACAACUGGGGUGAAAAUGAGGAGGAGUUCUUCCCCAGUCACAACGGCUUCACAGAGCUGCGGGGGUUCGGAGGGAAGCUCACUUUGGAUGCAGUGAAAAUCGACUGCAGUGGCCUCCUCACAGAAGGCUGCGUGUGACUGAGACCGGAACUCUUCAGAGAGAUUUAAAUGGUUUUCGGAAGACUGAAGCAAAGACGAGAGCAGAAACGGUGAACAUUUCUUUUGGUCAAGCUCCUCUUUGAGAUCUGCAUGAACUACCUCCUCGCUUACUAAAACCAGCACUGGACCAGAAAUUAUCUUGCUGAAGUCUAAGCUUCAGUCAUGCAGAAGUAAUUUCAUGCAUUACUAUGGUUUUUGUCAUUGAACGCUUAUGGACACACUAAGCAUAACUUAAGUACAAGCUGCAAGAAGUAUUGUGAUUUAUUUAGUAUGAAUAAGGGGAUUUAUAUUCAGCUUGCUUACACAGCAGACUCAACUUGGCAUAGAAGGAAGGGCAGGGGAUCACAAUAAUAUUAUCUUCAUCAUCCAUGUUAUAAUUUAUAUUUGUCAUUUACUCCUUCAAAUGCUCUUUGCCCCUAAAAUCAUGAGCACAUCUCAAAUGCUUUUUCCUUGACUGUAUUAUUGGUCAUGCUUCAUCCUACCUCAGUCUCAUCUAAGAAAAAAAGGACACUGUCCCAAUAAAAACUUUUUUUUUCUCUAA